UUGUCAUGUGACAAGGGAACGGACCAAAGGCGCUGUCUCUCGCAGGAGCCUUCUGCUACUAUUGAAAUUGUUAAAGUUGUCAAAAGAAUAAAAAAGAAUUUUACUAGAAAAUUGAAGUGUUUAUUUAAAUAAAAACAUGAUUAUCAAUUUUAAAUUACUUUGGAUGAUUGGAUUGAUGUGUGGGUGUAAUAUUUUAAGCAGCAGUGCAAAAGAUUCUGUACCCAUUUUACUGUGGGAUCACUAUGGUAAAAUUUCAUCGUUUGAACCUUAUAAUCCUUUUCAUACAACUACACACGAAGAAUUUGGUGUUAUUUUGAAAAAAAGAUGGAAUAAUUCUUCACCACCUGUAUUGGUACUUAUUAAGGAGACAUUUUGCAGUGAGGAUAUGAUACGGAACAAGGAGAAUUUAGUGGACUUGAAGAAUGCCAGUAUUAUGUACCUCAGUGCGGUUAAGUCUCCAGUACCGUAUUUGAAGAAUUUAUUUUCGUAUCAGCAAAUAGACGAGUCAGAAGUUGAGUCAAUUGGUGAUAAUCAAUUGGCGAUGGUUAAUGUGAAAAAUGUCGAAGACGCUGUGAAAAUUUAUAAAGUUAUUCGUGAAACGAGUCCCAAUUUGGUUACGAUUCUAACAGGAAAUUCUUGUAAUAUUAAUCUUGAACCAGUAAGGAGAGUACGAAGGGCAGAGGUUGAUGCAUCAAAUGACACUUCUCUAUUUUUCAAUAAAUCUGACGGCCAGGUGCUUUUAUACUCCAGUCAAUUUCCCUUUAUUAAGACCAGUAUAAACGGAAGUUUCGAGCAAUUAACAUCACUAUCAAACGCAUCGGACGCAAAACGUGUGAAAAAUUCCAUAAUAUUGGACCUGACAUUUUCAUUGCCUUCGGAUCCGAAAAUAGCAAUAAAAAUGAAUUUCACCAAAUCACAGGGUUACUAUAAUCUCAUGAAUAUAACAUACACCGAUAAAAAUCACCUUAAUGAAAUUGCAUUGAAAUGGAAAAAGAAUCUAUACGUACCGCAAAAUUUCUCCUAUAAUUGUGGUGAAGAAUUUCUCUCUCAAUGGUUCUUUCAAAAUGAAACUGGAAAGGAUGCACCGAAACAAAUAGUACAACUGAAAUUUAGUGACAUACAAAUUCAAUUGGACGCUAAUAAGGCAUUUAGUGAGGCAUACGAUUGCAUUGGAUUCACAUCAAUUCCAAUAUGGACGGGAAUAUUUGUAACAUUUAUCCUCGGAUUAAUUCUCAUUUGGGGCCUAACAAUGAUUAUUGAUAUUCGUACAAUGGAUCGAUUCGAUGAUCCCAAGGGAAAGACCAUCACCAUUUCAGCGCAAGAGUGAAAAGAAAAAUUGGAAAGAAAGAAGUUGUACAUGUAUAAAAGAAAUCACUUUUUCCUCCCCCUGUAAAUAUAAGGUACGUUAUAAUCACAUUUUUUUUCCUUUCAAUUAAUGAUGUUAAAAUACGCGAAUUAUUCGAAAAAAAAAAUUUGCGCCUGACAUCAGCUUAUUUGAUGAAAAAAUGGGAUUUAAUAGACUAUAUUUAUUUAGUAAUCGUUUAAAUUAGGACGUGUAUCAUAAAAGAAAAGGUGGUGGUUUCAUUUUUCAGCUUGAAUCAUUCCCUCGUGUAUGAGUCUGUUUUUAUUUUUAUUUUUUUGUCGUUUGAGAAUGUUUAUCUAUAAAAGUUAUUGAGUGUGAGAAAAUUGGGGCCAUACUGUGUAUGAUCCUUUAUUUCACAUCAUCGUUCAAAUACUCUGCACAAAACAGAAAAAUUGUAAAGAAUUUUUUAACUCUACUGACUAAAAAAAAUGUGUCUUUUCGAAAAAAAAUUCUUUGAAAAUCUUUCUCUUUUUUUGCAUGUAAAAUUUUAUAUUUGACAUUUUUUUUAAAACAAAUUUUGCUAAUUUCAAAUUUUAGUUUCAAGAUAAAUAUACCAGUCAGUAGAGUAAAAAAAUUAAUUUGAAAUUUAGAAAAAGAUUCAAUUUGAUAAAUAUUCAAAAACUAGAUUAUAUUACCAAGUUACAUGAAUUUAUUAGGAAGAAGAAAAAAAAACUAUUGAUAUCGAAGAUUCAUUCCAAUCUUAAUUUAUAAUUAUUAAUCACGUCUAGAUGGAGCGAUUGAUGUUUUUUUCUCUGUACUGCCACCUUUCAUCGUUAAUAAAUUGUGCGUACAAUGUAAUGUAAAAAAAUAUCAAUUUAUGCUUAAUUUACCAAAAAAAGAAAACAAAUGUUCAUUAAGCAAGAAAACAACUUGUAUAAACACUGAUUGAAAUAUGUAUUAUAUAAAAAUGAUUAUUCAUGUGAAUAAAUCGUUGAUUAAUUGUAA